AUGAAUAAAACAGUAGGUCCACCAAGCAUCACACCAAAUUCGGCAAUUGUUGGUAAUAUGAACCCAUCAGUUCCAAAUAAUUUAUAUUCAUAUUAUUAUAGAUCAAUUGAACAAUUUCAAAAACCAAAUGGGACAGAUAAAGAAUUAUCUGAUAUUUUAAUCAAAGGUCCAAUGCCAACAAACCAAUUUUAUAAUAAUUUUAUAAAUGAAAUUAAUAAUAGAAAUAAUAUAAAUCAACAAACAACACAAAUACAGCAAUCACUUCAACAACAACAACAACAACAACAACAACAACAACAACAACAACAACAACAACAACAACACCAACAACAAUUGCCACAACAACUACAACAACAAGCACCAAAUUUAAAUAAUAUGAUGAAUCCAAACCCAAAUAACCACAGUCCACCAUCUCAUAUGCCAUUUAUUAGAAAGAAAUAA